AUUUCUGUCAAUAAAUAACAAACUGCUUCGCCAAUAAAUAACAACUCUCAAUCACUUUGACCCUUCUGAAAAAAUAUCUCAGCCGAGCUUUCAGAGACGUUUUUGGCAGUGAAAUGGAGAAUACGAGUGUUGAUGUUCUGCCCGUAGAUUGCUUAUCGAAAAUCAUCUCCCUCACAUCGCCUCGCGAUGCCUGUAGAUUAUCAGCGGUGUCCCGUCUCUUCAAUUCAGCUGCAGAUUCCGAAGUCGUUUGGGACACGUUUCUGCCCUCUGAUUACAAGGAUAUCGUUUGUAAUUCCGCCUCCUCCGAGCUCCUCGCCACUUGCUCCUCCAAGAAGAAUCUUUAUUUUCAUCUUUGCCGUAACCCCAUCAUCCUCAACAAUGGUACCAUGAGUUUUUCACUGGAGAAAGAAAGCGGAAAAAAAUGUUACAUGGUUGCGGCAAGACAGCUUGUUAUUAGAUGGUUAUGCAGAGAAAAACCUCAAUGGUGGAAAUGGCAAUCUCUGCAUGAAUCCAGGUUCGAUGAAGUGGUUGAACUACUGAUGCAUGUGUGGUGGCUCGAUGUGAAGGGAAGGAUAGAAACCAAAAUUUUGUCCCCCAGAACCACCUAUGCGGCUUAUUUUGUGUUUAAGCUUUCAAAGUCUGGAAAUGAGUAUGAAAGAAUAGCUUUACAAUUUGGUGUGUAUUUUGAAGGAAGAGAUAAUGGGAAAAGGCGUGUCAUGUUUCUUAAUCCUUCAACAAAUGCAUCUCAACUUUGUCGAGACAGAGGAGAUGGAUGGAUGGAGAUUGAGAUGAGUGAAUUCUUCAAUGUAAAUGGCGAUGAAGGAACCUUGUUGUUUAGGGUAUUUGAUUUCCAUGGAUUCUGCACUAAGCAUGGCCUCAUUAUUGAAGGAAUUGAGCUCAGGCCUAAAAAUGGUAGAUAAAGUCAAUUAUAUAUGUCUUGAAUACAGACCUUUUUUGUGAUAAACAGGUUCUGGUUAAGAUGUAAUUAAUCUCUUUGUGAGCAUAAAUGGCUACGUCAAAAGAACAAAGUGGAUUUGUUUAUGCUUCCUUAUGUAUUAGUUGGUCUCAUUUAAGUAAUUCCUAGUCUGGAAGCAUAUUGGUUCUUAUAUAUGUGUAUUUAUAUGCAUCAUUUUCUAGAAAGCAUGGAA